GGGAGGGCGCGCGCCAAGGCGGCUGCGGCAGUUGCGCGCUGGGAUUGCAGCCGUGCGGCGGGGCCGAAUUCGGCAUAUAAUUAAGGUAAAAUGACAACCUCCUGGAGUGAUCGGUUACAGAAUGCAGCAGAUAUGCCUGCUAACAUGGAUAAGCAUGCCCUGAAAAAGUAUCGGCGAGAAGCCUACCAUCGGGUGUUUGUGAACCGAAGUUUAGCCAUGGAAAAAAUAAAAUGUUUUGGUUUUGAUAUGGAUUACACCCUUGCUGUGUACAAGUCCCCGGAGUAUGAAUCCCUUGGCUUUGAGCUUACUGUGGAGAGAUUAGUUUCUAUUGGCUACCCCCAGGAGCUGCUCAGCUUUGCUUAUGAUUCUACAUUCCCUACCAGAGGACUUGUCUUUGACACAUUAUAUGGAAAUCUUUUGAAAGUUGAUGCCUAUGGGAACCUCUUGGUCUGUGCACAUGGAUUUAACUUCAUAAGAGGGCCAGAAACUAGAGAGCAGUAUCCAAAUAAAUUUAUUCAACGAGAUGACACUGAAAGAUUUUACAUUCUGAACACACUAUUCAAUCUACCAGAGACCUACCUGUUGGCCUGCCUAGUAGAUUUUUUUACUAAUUGUCCCAGAUAUACCAGCUGUGAGACAGGAUUUAAAGAUGGGGACCUCUUCAUGUCCUACCGGAGUAUGUUCCAGGAUGUAAGAGAUGCCGUUGACUGGGUUCAUUACAAGGGCUCCCUUAAGGAAAAGACAGUUGAAAAUCUUGAGAAGUACGUAGUCAAAGAUGGAAAACUGCCUUUGCUUUUGAGCCGGAUGAAGGAAGUAGGGAAAGUAUUUCUUGCCACCAACAGUGACUAUAAAUAUACAGAUAAAAUUAUGACUUACCUGUUUGAUUUCCCGCAUGGCCCUAAGCCUGGGAGCUCCCAUCGACCAUGGCAGUCCUACUUUGACCUGAUCUUGGUGGAUGCACGGAAACCACUCUUUUUUGGAGAAGGCACAGUACUGCGUCAAGUAGAUACUAAAACUGGCAAGCUGAAAAUUGGGACAUACACAGGCCCACUACAGCACGGCAUUGUCUACUCAGGAGGUUCAUCUGAUACAAUCUGUGAUCUGUUGGGAGCCAAGGGCAAAGAUAUUUUGUAUAUUGGAGAUCACAUUUUUGGAGACAUUUUAAAAUCAAAGAAACGACAAGGGUGGCGAACUUUCUUGGUGAUUCCUGAACUUGCACAGGAGCUUCAUGUCUGGACUGACAAGAGUUCCCUUUUUGAAGAACUUCAGAGCUUGGAUAUUUUCUUGGCUGAACUCUACAAGCACCUUGACAGCAGUAGCAAUGAACGUCCAGACAUUAGUUCCAUCCAGAGACGUAUUAAGAAAGUAACUCAUGACAUGGACAUGUGCUAUGGGAUGAUGGGAAGCCUGUUUCGCAGUGGCUCCCGGCAGACACUCUUUGCUAGUCAAGUGAUGCGUUAUGCUGAUCUCUAUGCAGCAUCUUUCAUCAAUCUGCUGUAUUACCCAUUCAGUUAUCUCUUCAGAGCUGCCCAUGUCCUGAUGCCUCAUGAGUCAACGGUGGAGCACACACAUGUAGAUAUCAAUGAGAUGGAGUCUCCACUUGCCACCCGCAACCGCACAUCAGUGGAUUUCAAAGACACCGACUAUAAGCGACACCAGUUGACAAGGUCGAUUAGUGAGAUUAAACCCCCCAACCUCUUCCCACUGGCCCCCCAGGAAAUUACACACUGCCAUGAUGAAGAUGAUGAUGAAGAGGAGGAGGAGGAGGAGGAGGAGGAAGAAUAAGGAGGAAAAUCAAAACCCUGAACACCCAUUAAACAAGUUCUGGCAGGACCCACAGGAGCAAAGGAUGUUCUUGUUUGGGUUCUACUGGGGAGGGUGGGGGUGCUCCAUCAGAGGUAUGUGUCUGGAAAGUUUCUAAAGACUUUAAAAUAUUCUAAUCAUAGAGAGAUACUUGUUUUAGUUUUGUGUAUCUGUAUUCUUUGCAGAUGACUCAGAAUUGUAAUGGAGUCUGUAUUGGAAGAAAGUAAGGGUAAAGUCAGGCUGAACUGCAUGCAGAUGGCUCCAUUGUGGCUUUUGACACUGUUUGCUUGUCUUUUAUCAUCAGUAUGUCAUAGUGUAUCUGGAUACACUAAGGGUGGUGAAGGGUUUCAGAGUGUAACAAGGACAGUGGGAAGAGAUGAUCCAAAAAUGCUGUAUUGUUACAAAUUGUUCUAUUACUCUUAAAAUCCAACUUUUUCAGUGCAUUACACAGUAUUGUAUAUCAGUGGAGAAAUAUAUUGUUUCCAUUAUUGAGUGUAGUCUUCUA